UCUUCGAUUCAGUUGUAUUGUGUGUGCCGUUCGUAUCAGGUUAAUCCACGGAUUUGUGCAAGAGUGUUGUAUAUUUUCCAUUUCUUUAUAAUAUUGGUUUUUGAUAAGAGUUCAUCAUCAUCAUCACAUUUUUAUACUUACUUUGUUUAUCGUACUUUUCCCCGAUUCCGAUAAUCGUAUGGACAUUAUUUAUUUUUGAAAUUCCACAAAAAAACGAAUUUCUUCGUUCAAAAACCAAUUUAACGAAAAUUCGCUUCGUGAAAGUUAUGAUUUUUUGAAAUCACAAAAAAAUAAAAAUUUCGUCGGUGCCGUUCACGGUGCAGUAAAAAAAAAAGAAUAGUGAUUUGCAUAAAGGAAGUGCAAACGACAAAUCAAAAUCAUUAUUGUGUCUACUAAUUAUUGUGAUUUUGAGAUCUCUCAUUUUUUUAUGAUUAUGCUGUCGAUUUAAGAGAUUUCAAAAACUUGAAAUUUUUUCGAAUUUACGAUUUUUACAAGAUCGAAAAAAGUGCAUUGAUAAAAAAUAAUUUUUUUCGUCCGAAAUUUCUUUUUCUGAUAUUUUUUUUUUGUGAUUUUGUGAAUUUUCUUUUUUAAUUUUUCAUCAAAAGAAAAAAAAAAGGUUUAUCUGUAUUUUUUUAAUACUUGCAUGCACUUAGUGAGUGUGUGUGUUUGUGAUCUUUUUCUCUCUCUCUCUCGCUCUCUUUGUUUCUCUCUCGGAUCGAAGAUCGCUUUGUUGGAAAAUAAAUUUUUGCUCGAUCAACGAUCACAUCGUGUUCGUUUCUCGUUUUUGCUGUCGUUGUCUCCUUUCGUCGUCGGUGUUCACACGGUGAUUGGAUUUUUUUUGAUCUCGCGGAUCGGUGUGGUUCUCUCUGCUCUCAGAUCUCAUUUUGUUGCAGUCAUUUUCUCUCUGGAGCUGCUACUAGCUGAAGCUGAUAAACAGAUUCAUAUCAUAUGGAUAAAUGUAAAUCACAAUCUGGCACAAGUUUUUGCAUCUGAAUUGAAGUUUCAUUCACGCUGAUUUUCAAGAGGAAAAAAUUCCAGCCAAUAGGUGUCGCGCUGAUCGGCCCCGGCCUAAGGGGCCAUGACGCGUUGGCCCUUUAAUCUACUCCUAUUGCUCUCGGUGGCAAUUGUCCCGGGUGUCAUAACAGUGCCAGGUCAUUAUAACAAAACAAUAUUAAAUGUUGGCUAUUUGACAGCAAUUACUGGUGAAUUAAAAGACAAACAAGGUCUAGCAAUAUCUGGUGCAUUAACAAUGGCUUUAGAUGAGGUAAAUAAUGAUGAUUAUUUAUUGCCAAAUGUAACACUUGCUUUGCGCUGGAAUGACACUCGGGGCGAUACUGUAGCUGCUACUCGGGCUAUAACCGAAAUGAUUUGCGAUGGUAUUGCAACUUUUUUUGGCCCAGAAGGUCCAUGUCAUGUGGAGGCGAUAGUUUCGCAAAGUCGAAACAUUCCAAUGAUUUCUUAUAAAUGUGCAGAAAACAAAGCAUCAUCUAUUCCAACAUUUGCCAGAACGGAACCACCAGACACGCAAGUAACAAAAUCAGUGAUAUCAUUACUACGCUACUACGGAUGGAAAAAAUUCUCCAUUAUUCACGACGAACGAUGGACUGCUGUAGCUGACAAUCUAAAAGAACAAGCUCUGCGUAAAAACAUGACCAUCAACCAUAAUGAAAAAGUUAUUGAUAAUCACAAAUGUUGUGAGAAUUUUUUGGCAUGCUGUCGCAGUGGUUAUUGGUAUCAGGUCAUACAAAACACAAUGAAUCGCACAAGGAUAUAUGUAUUCUUGGGCACAGCUUAUGCCCUGGUUGACAUGAUGGCAUCCAUGGAAACGGUACAGCUUUUCUCCAAAGGAGAAUACAUGGUCAUCUUUGUCGACAUGAUGACAUAUUCGCCAAAGGAAGCAGAAAAAUACUUGUUAAAGCCUGAUGUUGUUGAAAAGAUGACUUCAUGUGAUGAAACCGAUAGUUUCAUGAAGCGAGCUCGUUCGCUGUUGAUUGUUGUGUCGACUCCGCCUACGGAAAAUUACGAGAAUUUCACGGCUAAAGUUCGCGAUUAUAAUACGAAGGAACCGUUUAACUUCUCCUUACCCAAAUUGUUUCACAAUAAUAAUUUCUUUAAGUUUGUAUCAAUAUAUGCCGCCUACCUCUAUGAUUCGGUAAGACUCUAUGCUUGGGCACUGGAUAAAUUGUUGAACGAGGAAGAGAGACCUUUAACGGAUGACGUGAUAUAUGAUGUAGCUAGUAAUGGUACUAAAAUUAUAGAAACCAUUAUAAGAAAUCGUACUUAUAAAAGUAUAACUGGUGCAACAAUAAAAAUCGACCGCAAUGGAGAUUCUGAGGGUAAUUUCUCCGUGCUGGCUUACAAGCCAUUCAAAUAUAGCUUUCGUGAUAAUCUCACUUGUAAUUAUCACAUGGUACCUGUUGCAUAUUUUCAACAAGGAGAAGAUUUUCCAGAAUACAAACUUAUCAAUGGAUCUGUUCGAGUUGAUUGGCCAACUGGUGGCGACCGACCAUUUGACGAGCCAAUGUGUGGCUUUAUGAAUGAAUUGUGCAAAAAGGAUGACCGUCAUAUAACAUCGGUGGUGGUGGCAGGUGUCCUUGCAUUGAUACUAUUUUGUGUUAGUGUCAUAACAAUGAGCAUCUAUCGCAAGUGGAAAAUCGAACUUGAAAUCGAAGGAUUGCUGUGGAAAAUUGACUCAUCCGAGAUAAAAGGAUAUUUUGGAAAUGAUAUUGUAUCAUCGCCAAGCAAGUUAAGUUUAGUGAGUGCGGCAUCAUUUGGAUCACGUUGCUCAAAUCAAGUAUUCACCGCAACAGCACGAUUUCGUGGUGUUGUUGUUCGCAUUAAGGAAUUAAAAUUCCCUAAGAAAAAGGAUAUAUCCAGAGAAAUAAUGAAGGAAAUGCGUUUGUUGCGAGAAUUACGCCAUGAUAAUAUAAAUAGCUUUAUUGGAGCUUGUGUAGAGCCAAUGAGAAUUUUACUAGUCACUGAUUAUUGUGCCAAGGGCAGUUUGUAUGAUAUAAUCGAAAAUGAAGACAUUAAGUUAGAUGAUUUAUUUAUUGCAUCAUUAAUACAUGAUUUAAUUAAGGGAAUGAUUUAUAUUCAUUCUUCCUCGCUGGUAUUUCACGGAAAUCUCAAAUCAUCAAAUUGUGUUGUCACAUCAAGAUGGAUGCUUCAGGUUACCGAUUUUGGUUUGCAUGAUUUACGGCAUUGUGCUGAAAGUGAAUCAAUUGGUGAACAUCAACAUUAUAGAAAUCAAUUUUGGAAAUCACCUGAACUAUUGCGAAAUUCAAAUGUUUAUGGAACACCAAAGGGAGAUGUUUAUGCAUUUGCAAUUAUAAUGUAUGAAAUUGUUAGUCGUAAGGGCCCAUUUGGACAGACGACGUAUGAACCAAAGGAAAUUGUCGAUUUAGUCAAAAAGAAACCGGUCAAUGGCACCGAACCAUUCCGCCCGGAAAUAGAUUGUAUUAUAGAAGCCGAAUUAUGUCCGGAUUAUGUUUUAAGUUGUAUUAAAGAUUGUUGGAAUGAAGAUCCAGAUCUAAGACCGGAUUUUCCAACGAUAAGAACACGCCUGAAAAAAAUGCGUGGCGGAAGGCAUAAAAACAUCAUGGAUCAAAUGAUGGAAAUGAUGGAGAAAUAUGCCAAUAAUUUAGAAGAAAUUGUCACAGAACGUACGCGUUUGUUGUGUGAAGAGAAGAAGAAAACUGAAGAUCUCCUACAUCGAAUGUUGCCACAAUCGGUGGCAGAAAAACUUACAAUGGGCUUAGGAGUUGAGCCAGUGUCAUAUGAUUUGGUAACUAUCUACUUUAGCGAUAUUGUUGGUUUUACGUCAAUGUCUGCAGAGAGCACUCCGCUGCAAGUUGUAAAUUUCCUCAAUGAUCUGUACACGGUCUUCGAUCGAAUAAUUAAAGGUUAUGAUGUGUAUAAAGUGGAGACAAUAGGUGAUGCUUAUAUGGUGGUUUCUGGCUUACCAAUAAAAAACGGCGACCGACAUGUUGGAGAAAUUGCCUCCAUGUCUCUCGAAUUGUUACAUGCAGUCAAACAACACCGCAUCGCACAUCGACCCAACGAAACGCUUAAACUACGAAUUGGCAUGCACACCGGUCCAGUUGUUGCCGGUGUUGUCGGCCUAACAAUGCCAAGAUAUUGCCUUUUCGGUGAUACCGUCAAUACUGCAUCACGAAUGGAGUCAAAUGGUGAGGCUUUAAAAAUUCACAUAUCAGCUAAAUGUAAAGAAGCCUUGGACACACUGGGCGGUUAUAUUACCGAAAAACGUGGUCUAGUCUCGAUGAAAGGCAAAGGUGAUGUUAUAACUUAUUGGCUAGUUGGAGCGAAUGAGUUAGCUAUACAAAAGAAACAUGUCGAUAUGACUGAUUUACCGCCACCAUUAUUCCGCCGUCCAAGAAGAAGUCCGAAGCUAAAUAGUGACUCACGUCAGCCUAGUAUAACGGGUAUGCAUUAUUAUGGGGCGGGAAGUCGACGGCAAUCGAGUGUACCGCGUGCCGAUGGCGGCGAAAGUAUGUACAGUUUGCAAGGCUCCACAUAUCACAUGCGGGACUCACCGCGCUUGCCAAUAAGACGACUUGAACGGUCAUCUACUGUUAAUUACAAUGGUAGUAGUGGGGGGUACGGAGGCGUUUGUGGUAGUAAUUGCAACAGUCGGGGUGGCAGCAACUCAGGAUUCCGCGUGGAGACAACGUCACACAGUACACUAGACCAUUCCGAAAUUGAAACAAUCUGUGAUAGUAUCGGCAAAAGUAGCAGUAAAAAACCACUCGCCAUGGUUAGACCGCAACGCAUAAUUAGCACAAAACAAUCGGCCUCAACUCAGGACAUCUAUCCUAUCGAUAGUGCUGAUAGUUUGUUGAGAGAGUCACGAUCUCUUGAUCGAAUGCAACCAAGUAACUUGACGAAAAAUAACUCGCGUUCGUUGGACACUGGGGUGUCAUUGAUAAGUGGCAAUCCAAAUGGUGGGGCAGCGGAUGAUGAGCUCAAGUUGCUCGAUAUCGAUAACGGCCAUUUGAUUAUCGGUGCGUCUAGAAUAUUUCCCUACAAACACCUCAAUAAUAAUUGCAAUGGUUCUAUAAGCAUUGUGGACGACGCUCAGAGUCCUUUGUUGCAGCGACAGGCGUCACUGACCUGUGCUCCAGAUGAAAUAGUUCUUCGUUCGAAAAGAUGGCGUUCUUUGGAAGCUAUCGAAAAUACUAGCACGAGUAUCGAUAAUUCUGUUCUAGGUCAAAAUAGUAAGAAAUCGGUGAAUCGAGGAUCGAUAGCGUCGUGGUUUAUGAAUUUUUUGCAAGGCAAUGGAAUUCGUUCGAGUGAUGCAUCGCUGAGGAGGGUUGGCAUAGUUCAGACAACGGUAAGAGGUGUUCCCGGUUUUGGAGAAAUUCCAUCACCUCCAGAUCGAGAAAGUAUUGUUUAAUUUUUUUUAUAAAAAAUCAAAAAAACUUGUGAGUGUUUGUUUAUAAUUUUGUAAGAAAAAAAAUAUUUUUAUAACAAAAAACAAAACAAAAAUAUAACGAUUCUUGACGGUGAAGUGCAAAAGAGUGCCUAAGGAAUAUAUUUAUAAAAAUUAAAAAUAAUUAUUAAAAAAAAAAAAUAAAAAAUUCCUUUAGUCUAGUCACAUAAUAUUUUCAGACUAGUUUUUGUUUUUUUUUUUUCUCAGAAUAAGAAUUAUAUAAAAAUGUAUAAUGUAAAAUGUAUGUAUGUAUUUUUUUUUUUAAUUUCUUAAAAUACAACGAAUCAAAAGAAAAAAAAUGUUUAAAAUAAAAAAACAUUUUUUUUUGUUAUCAAAGAAUAAUUAUUAUCAAAUCGAAAUUUAUAAGACUUCACCACCAAAAUAAAUUCACGAAUC